AUGUCGGGCAAGUCUACCGGUAUCUCGGUGGCUGAAAUGCCCCCUGCAACCAUCGAUGAUCUGCAGGAGCUCAAAGCUGAACAUAAAUUCGAUCUCAAUCUCCCCGGCGAGAUUGAGAAGGAGUUGGAUGAAGCUCUUGCGACUGGAGAUGCGGAAAUCAAGGGCCAUAUUUUUGGGGACCUGAUUGAAGACUCUCCUUAUCCAGAGGUUCGUGCUGCAGUCCUUAACUACGACGAAGGAGGCACCGGAAACACCAUCCGCGCCUGGACCCUGGGUCUUAUUUUUGCUACUAUCGGUUCUGGCCUCAAUGCUCUUUUCUCUCUGCACAGUCCUACGAUCUCUAUUACUUCUUAUAUUGCUGAGGUCGUUGCGUUUCCCUUCGGGAUUGCCUGGGCUCGCUUAGUCCCCAACUUCACCUUCACCCUGUUCGGCAACAAGCUUGAGUUGAACCCCGGGCCAUUCACAAAAAAAGAACAUGCCCUCAUCACUAUUAUGGCCAACGCAACCUUUGCUGGUGGGUUUGCGUAUACACUCGAUAUCAUCACCGCGCAGCGAGGUUUCUACGGACAACGCUACGGAUGGCCCUUCGAGAUAUUCACAACUAUCUCGACUCAGACCUUAGGAUUCGGCUUGGGCGGAGUGCUUCAUCGCUUUCUGGUAGAGCCCGCUGCCAUGAUCUGGCCAUCUAAUCUAGUCAACACAACCCUAUUCACAGCUAUGCACGAACGUGGGCUAAAUCCACCAGACCCUGCCAAGACAGCUGGCUGGACUGUUAACCGGUAUCGCUUAUUCAUGUAUAUCAUGAUUGGCGCUUUCUGCUGGUAUUGGUUCCCGGGUCUGAUCGCCCCAUUCCUUAGUGUGUUUGCCUUUGUCACUUGGAUUAAGCCAAACAAUGUUAUCAUCAACCAACUAUUCGGUGGUGCUACCGGUAUCUCGCUGAUUCCUAUCUCUUUCGACUGGUCUAUCAUUUCGGGUUACGUCACCAGCCCUAUGAUCUCCCCCUGGUUUGCCAUUGCCAACACUCUUAUUGGUAUGGUUGCGUGGUUCUGGAUCUUAACUCCGGCGCUACACUAUUCCAACAUCUACUACGGAAAGUUCCUGCCUAUGUCAGACUCAAGCAGCUACGACAAUACUGGCGCUGUUUACAAUGUCACUCAGAUUUUGACACCCGAAUUUACUUUCGAUCUGGCAAAGUAUGAGAGCUAUUCCCCGCUUUUCCUCUCCACCACUUUUGCCCUAUGCUACGGUCUGUCUUUUGCUGGCCUAGCCGCUGUUAUUGUCCACGUUAGCCUAUUCCACGGCAAAGAGAUCUGGCACCGCAUGCGGGCGGCCGGACAAAAGCACGAGGAUAUUCACUCUCGCCUAAUGGCCAAGUAUGACACAGUGCCUAUCUGGUGGUAUGUUGUUGUUCUUGUUGUCAUGGCAGCUAUAGGAUUGGCAGUCGUUCUUUCCUAUCCCACCCAUAUGUCUUGGUGGGCAUUUUUCAUCUCUCUCAUUAUUGCCUUGGUCUGGACCCUGCCUAUCGGUAUGAUCCAGGCCACCACCAACAUUCAGCUCGGCCUGAAUGUCAUCACUGAGUUUAUUGUCGGCUACAUCCAGCCUGGCAAGCCAAUGGCAAUGAUGCUUUUCAAAACAUACGGUUAUAUUUCUAUGUCUCAAGCGUUAUACUUUUGCCAAGAUAUGAAGCUUGGUCACUACAUGAAGAUCCCCCCGCGCGUUACCUUCUGGGCACAGAUGGCUUCCUGCAUCUGGUCCUCAGUGGUCCAAGUGGCAGUUGUGAAUUGGGCAUUUGGUAGCAUCACCGAUAUUUGCUCCUCGACCCAGGCAAACAAGUACACCUGCCCGAACGGACGUGUAUUCUUUAACGCCUCUGUUAUCUGGGGUGUCAUUGGCCCUAAGCGCAUGUUCUCCAUCGGGCAGAUGUACUCAACCCUCCAAUGGUUCUGGCUUGCUGGUAUCGCCCUGCCUAUCCUUAUAUGGCUCGCCGCUCGCAAAUGGCCUCAAAGCCGGGCCAAGUUCCUGAGCGCUCCCGUAAUUUUCAGUGGUACCGGCAUGAUCCCACCUGCUACCCCCCUCACCUAUCUUGUAUGGGGCACGGUCGGUUUCGUGUUCAACAAGUACAUCCGCAACCGCUGGCGCGGCUGGUGGAUGGAGUACAACUAUGUUGUGUCCGCUGGGUUGGACGUUGGUACUGCCUUGUGCCUGAUAGUUAUGCUCUUCGCCAUCAGUCUGAGCAACUCCUCUUUCCCAAGCUGGUGGGGUAACGAUAAGGCCCUCUCGACCAUGGAUUACACCGAUACUGCCAUCCAGGUUGUCCUGCCCAAGGGUCAGACUUUUGGCCCGAAGGUGUGGUAA